AACUGAUCUUUCAUGGCAUCUGAUUGUUGAUAUUUUCAUUUCUCCCUGAAAAUGGUGGUGAUAUUUUGAUUUGUCGCUGAAAAUGGUGUUGUUAACCACUUGCAUAUAUAUGAAAUAACUUUUUCCCCUUAUUAUAUUUUUGACUGCUUUUAUUUUCUUAUGUGAGUUGUAUUCCAGUAUUAAGGUUCAUUUUGAAUGUGAAACAUCCAAACCCAGCUUUUGCAUUUUUUUUUUCGGAUGUAAACCGUUGAACCGGCUAAAAACGGGCCGAUCGAACCAGAACCGACCGAUUUGGAUUAAACGGCGCAGUUUCGCGCUUAAGGGGAGAAACAAAACGCGCUUCUCCAUCUCCUUCCUUAUUCCAUCGAGCAGAACACGCCCAGCCUCAACCAGGGAAAAACCCUAGCCGCCAACACCGCCGCAGGGAGGAGCCGUGUUUGCCGCCGUCCGUCGCAGUCAGGGGCUUGUCUCCUCGAGUUUUCGUGCGUCACAGUCAGGGGAGUUCUCCAAGUCUUCGAUCUGUUCGCAGUCACCAGUCGCAGGCGCACUGCUUCUUCCUUGAGCUCGGCGGCCGUCGCGAUGUCGCCAUCUGAAAUGUUUGUUUUACAGUUUUAAAUGGCAAAGUGAUGCGAAAAGUGGGUGUGGAGGUUGUGGGGUUGGGAGCCCUAAGCUCACUGGAUUCCUUAGAGAACAAAUGCAACAGAAUAACAUGAGUUUUGAAUCCAUGUACACUGUUCGAACACUGAAAGAGAAGCAUGAUAUUGUCUGAUAUUUUACGGAGCCUUUUCUUCUUGGGCUUCAUAGAAACUUGGGCUUAAGCCCCAGAACAGAACAAGCCCAAUUUUGGUCCAUUAUUAAACUCCAGUUUUUGAGUUUCGAGCCAUUGGACUCUUGAGAAUUCGUUGUUCAGUUUUAGUAGUUUUUGAAGGGCUACGGAUAACUGAAGAAUGACUGUUUUGAAGCGGUAUGUGCUGAGAAUCUUCAUAUCAUUGAAACACAUUACGGCAAACGUGGUGGAUAGAAACCAUGGUCAUAUUGUAGCAACAUCCUCCACGGCGGAGCACUCCAUUAAACAGUCGCUUGAGUGCGGUCGGUCCUGCAAUGCGAAAGCAGCUGCUGUUGUUGGGGAGGUAUUGGCCAUGCGGCUCAAAGUUGAGGGACUUAAGGAUGGACAAGGAAGAGGAAUUCAUGUCAAUGUAACUAAGGAAAUAGAGAAGAAGGGAUUUAAGAGCCAAACCAAGGUUUGGGCUAUUGUUAAUGCCCUUAAAAACAAUGGUGUUAAACUCAUAGAUGAAGAUGAUGGUAACGAUUCUUCUCCUAGUCAUUCAUAGUGUCUUUUGUAUAUCUAUAAAUAUAUUAGAAUGUUUUUGUAUUCCAAUGAUAAUAUAGGAAUGCAGUGAUUCUUGUACUAAGAAUAUCUUUGCAAUAUACAAAUACACCUAUCUUCUGUUGUUAUAUUGAUAGUAAAUGUAAAUCAGAAUAACGUGUA